GGAAAAAGUUUCCCAAUUUCCUGAACACCUUCCAUUGGUUUACAUUUCGCCUGCUAUCCUGUUUUAUCUUUUAAAAAUCAAGAAAAAUAUAUAGAAAAAAAUCAAAUGAUUAUUUAAGUAGUGGUGGGGCCAAUAAAGGUCAUAAAGUGAUUAUUUUAGCGCGCUCAAGUGUAAAAUAAAGAAACGUGUGCGGUGGCGAAUUUACGCAGCCCGAAGAAAGGCCAAAAAUCAAUAAGCGUGUAAAAUUUGUAAACACGGCAAGCCCUCGACCAGCCUCUUUUGGUUUUCUCUCAGCAAAACCACCUUUUGGCCACUCCCCCAGUGAACUGUGACCGCCAGCUGCCCCAGAAGAAAAGGCAGUAAAACCGCAAAAUAAAACCCAUUAGCCGCCGAAAUGAUUACCAACUACGUGCUACCUCUUUUGCUAAUGAUUUCGGGAGCUGCCGCCACCGCCGAGCAGAUGGAGUUCCUCGAGCCACACAAUUCUUCGCCAGCGGAGCAUCGACUCAGCAAGCGUAUGGAUCUGGAGGUCUGCAUAGGGCACUUUGACGUGCACAAAAACACGAUAAUCCGAACCGGGGAAUCGCAGGCGAUUGGAGGAAAGUACCUCCAGGGCCUCGAGCUGGACACCAUCGAGGAGUGCGAGAGACUCUGCUGCGAGACGGACGCCUGCGACGUGUACAUCUUCGAGAGGAAGGCCGGAGGAUAUUGCUACCUCUUUGAGUGCGGUCCUCCGGAGGAUUUCCGCUGCAAGUUCACGCGGCACGCCAACUACACGAGUGCCGUUCUGAGUCCCCAACAAAGGCAGCCGAGCGAGUUGGCCAGCACUCCUCGACCGCAGCUGCCCCACAUUCCCAGCAACAAUGUGUCGCAGCAGGAAUGGGAGUUGAGCAACUUGAAGCUGAAACCGGAAGCGAGGGACAAGCCCACAGUUGCCACCGCCGCGGUGGUGCCUCCCACUUCUGGAGCACCGGGUGGAGUGGGUGGGCCCCAGUCGGCGGUUUACCCAGCCCAAAGUGCUCCCGCUGGGCAUUGUGGUCGCUUCCAGUUCACCUGUCACUCCGGAGAAUGUAUAGCGGUGUACAACGCCUGCGAUGGAAUUCCCCAGUGCGAGGAUGGCAGCGACGAGGGACCGGAAUGCAUCACCGUAUCGUCGACAGCCACAAAAUCGAGUAGCAGCAGCAGCAGCAAUUUGGAGCCCGUGAAGCCCAUGGUGCAGCAAUAUGUGCCUGUGCAGAACGUGCAGCAACAGUUGCAGGUCGUGGCCCAGCAGCAACAGCAACAGCAGCAACAACAACAGCAGCAGCAGCAGCAACAACGGCAGCAGCAACCCCAACAUGUCAUUGUUUUGGGUCCACCGCCACCACCUCCGCCGCCACCGCCCAUGGUGAACAAUCGGGAAGAUGCCGCCGCCUGGGCAAACCGCAAGAUGAUCGCCGAGGGACAGCAGCAACAACAACUGCAACAGCCGCCGCAGCAGCAGCAGCAGCAACAGCAACAAUUGCCACAGCAGCAAUCGCCUCAACAAAAAGCAGACAUCAUAAACACUGAUGAGCAGAGCCGCAUCUUCAGCCACAAAGGCGGUCUCCAGUUGCAGCAGCCGGCGAACGGGCAGGGGAAUCUCCAGGUUCAGGGGCAGAUGAUGCAGGGAGCAUCAACAGUUCAGGUUCAGGGCCAAUCAACACCCAUCCAAUUGCCUGGCUACGAUGCCAAUCAAGCCAUGUACGGCAUGUCGCUGCCUCGUUCCGGAAUUUAUCUCCCACAGCAGCAACAUCCGCCGCAGCAGCAACUCCAGGCAUCCGCUGGCCAGCAGCAGGUGCAAUCCAAUGGGGCGUGGAACGCACAGAGUCCUUUGGUUCCUCAGCAACAGUCGCCGGUGCAGCAGCAACCUUCGCUGACUCCGCAGCAAUCUGGUCAUGCCUACGCAGCUCCUCCAGCCAUCCAAUCUCCGCCAGCUCACCAGCAGGCCAUGCUGCCCGUCCUGAAUGCCGCUCCAUCGCCUGGAAAGAAUCAAGUUCCAUCCGUGGAUGGAGACUACGAGGAUUACGAUGAGGAGACCUACACGGAGGCUCCCAAAAAGAAGCAGCACAAGCACAAGAAAGUGAAGGCAAAGACGGCCAAGGAUCCCAUUGAACUGGCUCUGGAGCAAAACAAGCAGCAGCACCAGCAGCAGCAGGAUGGAGGAUCAGUGCCGGCUCUACCUGUUCCAGUUUCCCCGGUGCACGAGCAGUACAAGAUGAUCCGGGAGAACCUGGUAAUGGAGUUCAGGGACCACGACGGUCACUCGGAGCGACCCGGAGGAGCUGUCCUGUCGCUGACCCUUGGUCUGCUGGUCACCGCUGCUUUGGCUAUUCUCAUCGGGUGCAGGAUGCGGACGGUGAGCCGGAGGGCACGACGACUGGGCGGCAAGACGCCCUACUCCCAGGAGGCCGACUUCCUGGUCAACGGCAUGUAUCUCUAAGCAGAUGCCUACGGAUUGGAAGGGGGCUUGCCAAGAUUCUUUGUGUUGUUCCACGUGCGGGAGGGCGUGUAUAUGAUUAUGAUUAUUAGUGUAAUGAGAAACAUAUUUUAUAUAAACAAAGAUAUAUCGAAUAAAAUUAAAACUUAAAGUAUAAA